AUGAAACAAAAAAAAAAGGAAACACGCUCGCGUUUUCCCCUACCAGUCACCACCUCCUCCUCACUUGCAAGCAACCGCUCGCCACUCUCUCGUGCCGGCAUCCUGCGAGCGUGUCCGAUAGGAACUGAAGAAGACCGGCCAGCAACGCGGACGGCAGCAGCAGCAGCCGAAGUGGCAGGCAUGGGUGACGACCACGAUGGCAACCUCGGCGCGAGGGCCGAGUCUCUCGUGCCCAGGUUCCAGCUAGACCGGGUUCUCAACCAAGGUGCGCACUCGGGUGACCUUUUUCUUCCUCCUCAGCCAUCGAAGGAGGGACCGCUGACAGACCUCGUGGUAGACCAGGGUGGACGGCGGACGAGCAUGUACGGCACCAUCGACGGACGACCGGCCGUCCUCAUCGUCGAGCGGGCGCCCUUCCCGACCUCGGAGGCCUACCUCGGCCGCCUGCCGGCCUCCCUCGCGCGCGUGCGCAACCUCGGGGCCAACGACAUCUACAGCUGGAGCAUGGCGCGCUCGGGAGGCGGCGACGAGACGGGCACGACCGUCGAUGCCGACGACUUCUUCGCCGACCUCAAGAUCAACCUGAUCUACCCUUGCACCGAGACACACGUGAGCAAGUACAGCAAGCAGGGCUUGCGCUUCGUCACCGAGACGCCCGACAUCUACAGGGACAAGGUCAGGCCGUACAUGCAGCGCAAGCGGGAGCAGGGACGUCUGAACUGGGUCUACAAUAUCAUCGACGGCAAGACCGAGGUCGAGGACGUCAUCUACAGAACCCAGCUCGGCGAGGCCGGCGACGAGGGCUUCCUGCUGCUGCCGGACCUCAACUGGGACAGGAGCACGCUCGAGGCUCUGCAUCUGCUCGCCAUCGUCGAGAGGCGCGACAUCUGGUCCCUCCGCGACCUCCGCAAGAAGCACAUCCCCUGGCUGGAACACAUGAAGGACAAGCUCCUGUCGGCGACGGUGUUGACGUACCCUGCCGUCGCCCGGGACCAGCUCAAGCUGUACGUGCACUACCAGCCGACCUACUACCACUUCCACAUCCACGUCGUCCACGUCGCCCUCGAGGCCGGCGUCACGCAAGCAACCGGCAAGGCCGUCGGGCUGGAGAGCAUCAUCGAGACGCUGAAGGCCAUGGCGGGCCCCGAUGACGGAGAAGCGGGUAUGGAUCGGCUGUCGAUGAGCUAUACCCUGGGCGAGGCUAGCGAGUUGUGGACACAGAUUUUUGCCCCGAUUGGUACUGAGUCUCUAUAG